GCAGCAGGAGCUCUGAACAAACACACACACACACAGAUCCUCGCUUUCUUCACAUACACAUUUACUCACUUAACAGAAUUAACAGGGGAGCGCAUGCGGCAUCGAGGAGUCUUGAAUAAGAAAGCAAAAACAGGAUGGAGGCUUCACAGCUGCUUUUCCUGCUUCUCUUGUACGGAUAUCUGCCAAAAGUGUUAUCGGUGCAGAUGUGUGACGUGGUGAAUGAGAUCGAGCAGGAGAAGGAGCGCUGCGAGAACAGCACCUCUGGGAACAUCACUUCAGGUUGCCAAGGAGCGUGGGACAUCAUCGCCUGCUGGCCGACAGCCAGGGUGGGAGAGGUGGUCACGAUAAACUGCCCCACGUACUUCAGCUACUUCAGUGACCAGCACAAAGGUAACCUCUCGAAAACCUGCACGGCACAUGGCUGGACCGAGAUGAGGCCUGUAGAUAUCGCCGUAAACUGUGGAUACAAUCUGAACAGCACCAGCGACGAUGGCAAGUUUUUCUUGCAGGUGAAGAUUGGCUACACCAUCGGUCACAGUGUUUCCCUCGUCUCUCUCACCACGGCUAUUGUGAUCCUCUGCAUCUUCAGGAAGCUCCAUUGCACGAGGAACUACAUCCACAUGCAUCUGUUUGUGUCAUUCAUCCUGAAAGCCAUCGCCGUGUUCAUCAAAGAUGUGGUGCUCUACGAGGUCGGGGAGGUGGACAACUGCUCGUCAGGCUCGGUCGGCUGCAAGGCAGUGAUUGUGUUCUUCCAGUACUGUAUAAUGGCCAGCUUCUUCUGGCUGCUGGUGGAAGGUCUUUAUCUUCACGCAUUGUUGGCGGUCUCUUUCUUCUCCGAGAGGAAGUACUUCUGGGCUUACAUUCUGAUCGGCUGGGGAGGUCCGACAAUUUUCAUCACAGCUUGGAGCAUUGCUAAAGCCUACUACAACGAUGUGGGGUGCUGGGAUAUAAUCGAGAACACCGACGUCUUCUGGUGGAUCAUUAAAACGCCUAUUUUGGCAUCAAUCCUGAUGAACUUCUGUCUGUUCAUCUGCAUCAUUCGAAUACUUCGCCAGAAAAUCAACUGCCCAGAUAUUGGAAGAAAUGAGUCCAACCAGUACUCGAGACUGGCAAAGUCGACGCUGCUCUUGAUUCCGCUGUUCGGGAUCAAUUUUAUUGUGUUUGCAUUCAUCCCAGAGCAAGUGAAGACUGAGCUCCGGCUCGUUUUUGACUUGAUUCUCGGCUCAUUUCAGGGCUUUGUGGUUGCCGUCCUCUACUGCUUUCUGAACGGAGAGGUUCAAGCCGAGAUCAAGAGAAAGUGGCGGCGGUGGCACCUGCAGAGAUACAUAAGCUCCGACACCAAAUACCAACACCCGUCUAUCGGCAGCAGCAACAACUUCAGCACCCAGAUCACCAUGCUGACCCGGUGCAGCCCCAAGACACGGCGCGGGUCGUCCUCCUGCCACGACGACCUGUCGAGCAUGUGA